AUGAUCAGUCGAAAUAUAGUUAGAAAAAUCAUUCAGGAAGUAGAUUUUAAUGGAAGAACUGGAAGUGAAGGUUCGCAUUUAGCGGCUGUCUCAAAAAGUCAACGUCGGAAAUAUUUAAAUGGUAAAAAUGGACCGAAAUUACAGCGUGUAGCUGCGGCUAUAGAAAUUCAAAGAGCAUGGAGAGGAUAUCAAUUAAGAUGUAAAUGGUUUGCAGCAUUAAAUAUUCGCUUAAGCAUGAUCGCCAAUUCUACUUAUAGCCGAUCGGCACAUAGUCGAUUAGCGGAUCUAGAAUCCCUAGUAUCAGCCAGUACCACCUCCGAAGGGUCCAAGACAUCAGCUCGCUUAAGGCUUGAAAUUUACUAUAAUUGGUUCCAGGAAGAACACUCCAAAUCAAAUAUUGAAACAUUUGAGAAUUUUUGCGCAAUGAUAAUCCAACAAUGGUGGCGUAAUAAGCAUGGAUAUGAUAAAACUGGCCGUUACAUAGAAGACGAUGAUAGAUCAAGUGUUACAGGAAGUUCUUAUUCGUACUCUUAUUCCUCCUAUUCCGAAAGUGCAUCUCGUCGUUCUCGACAUACACAUACAUCAUCUCAUUAUGACAAAAAUAGUCCAUCUGAUGAAAUCAAAGGAUCUACUACUGUUCCAUCCAAAAGCCGUUCCAGAAGUCCAUCUGUUGUGAUUAAAGGAUCAACGACAAUUCGGUCGAAGGGCCACUCAAAUCGUUCUAGCAGGAAACCAUCACCAGCUCCAUUUCUAUGUGAUAAACAGGCAUCAUACAGUACUACAACAAGUCCUGAUCCAAGUAUUAGUCCAGAUCGAAGAUCAUCUAAUUAUAACUAUCAACCCGUUCAGCCUGUUGUCAUUCGCACAAAACCUGUUAGAACUAUGCUCGUUGAAGAUGCAUGCGAAAUUAUACAACGAGCAUGGCGAAGUUACUUGGAUCGCCGUGUCUAUCGCUACUAUCGUAAAUUGAUCAGUUUUAAACUAUCCGGCGAUCCAGCCAAAUUACUACGGUGUAUUAACCCACAGGAGUCGAAAUUACUCGAUGCAGCAUCUGGAAGCCAUGUCAAGUUUAGACUUGGAGGGGAAACAUUUCCGCCAACAAUCUAUUAUAAGAUUUAUACACAUCGCAAUGUAGCUGAUAUUUGCUCGACCGCACCGCGAGAUUAUACAAAAAUGGCAAAUAGGAAGCUAACAGCCAAACAGGCCAAUAAUAGAAAUGCCAUCAUUCAACGAGAUGAUAAAAGGGGUUGGUAUCGAAGACAUGAAAAUAAUGGCUGGCGUUCUAUUUCUGAAAAACCUUUCCAACAUUUUACUGGAGAUGAUAUAACUUAUACUACAAGCCAAAAACAAAUUAAUUUUUCUCAUACUAAGCUGCUAAGGAGGCAAGAUCUCGAGAGAAAAAAGAAAUUAAAGAAAUUAGAAUGGUUCCAUAAAAUGUAUAAUCAGGGUAAACAGGCCCUCGAAGAAACCUUGGAAGGAGGCGAUAUUGAAGAUUCCUUAGAUGUUGAGGAAUUAAUUCGUUGGACAAACAACUUGAAUUACGACCAAUAUUUAAACGAUUGGCAAAUUGCUGCUACAAGUGGGCCAUCAGACAAAAAUGCGAUAUUAUCAUAA